AAUUAGUCAAUACCUACAUACUACGUACUAAUUAAAAUAAAAACUACAAUUUGUUUAUUUGCACUUUUUGCACCUAUCAGAAUUAUAUUUAUUAGUGUGAAUUGACUGAUUUUUCUAUAGCAUAUUACGAACGACUUCUACUUUAAUCUCUGAAGUGAUUGGAAUUCAAACUUACCUACAAGAUUAUAAGACUAUUCGAAGACGAGACUAAUAAUUAAGACCGACACGGAGCUAAAAUUAACUUGUUCAUGCACCAAUUACUGUUGUUCACCUAAAUAUGAAUACUAGUAACAAUGACGACCGUAAAGAUGACAAUCCACCAUUUUCUCGUAUAUUCGUUGUUUGCAACAAACAUAUGACUGAAGAAGACUUAAGGACAGCAUUCUCUGAAUAUGGAGACAUUGAGGACUUGUACAUACCGAGACAUCGCCUGACUGGUGAACACAAAGGUGUGGCAUAUAUAAAGUAUUCUAAAACGUCUUCAGCAGCUGCUGCUAUUAAAGCCUUGCAUUUAAAUCAUAUAAAAGAUGGUAAGCCAAUCAAAGUUAUGGUGGCAGCUAGCAAAAACGAACCACCUAGUCAUGAUCAAUAUGGAGAUAAAUAUACAAGACUCUUCAUUAAAGUAGCAAGAGAUGUGACUGACUCUGACAUUCGUAAAAAAUUCUCUAAUUUUGGACAAAUUGACUCCAUUUUCAUUCUAAAAGAUAAGGAAACAGGUCUAUGUAAGGGUUUUGCAUAUGUCAAAUUUAAAGAAUUUCUUGAAGCUGCUAAAGCUUUUGAGGAAUGUGAUCCAGUUUACAAGCCAGUUUUUGCUAUGCCUAAAGAUUUAAAAAGAAACAGAAACUCGUAUGACUGUGAUGGCUUCAAUGCUUACCAGUCAAAAAAUCUGGAUUAUCGCCAAUACAACAGUCAAUUUAAUUUUGAUCAACCCAGAAAUGAUAUUAGUAAUAAAAUAAAGUCUGAUGUAAAUAAUUAUAAAACAGUUUCUGUAAAUUGUAGAAUCUUAGAUCAGAGAUAUAUAGAACAGCUUUUCAAUCUAAUUCCAGGUAUGGUACAUUGCCAUUAUACCAUAGUUCCUUAUAGUGGACAAUGCAAAGCUCUGGUAACUUAUGAGGAACCAAAAUAUGCUGCAUAUGCAGUUGAAAAAUUAAAUAACUAUGAAUUUCCUUCUGGGGAAAUAUUAUCAGUAACACCAGACACCAACCCCUUAGCUAAAGCUGCUACUGACCUCACAUCAAUAGUAAAUCAAUUCAAAAAUAAUUUAGAAACAGCUGCCCCUGAUCUUAUUUAUCUAGCUAAUGCAAUAGAAAAAGCAUCAUCUCUUAUCAAAGAUGCAGCUGCUGGUAAAUUGGAAACACCCACAGAACAUGAUAGCAGCUUCUCUAGCAUACCCUUGCCCCCAAUUAAGCCUAUGUCAAACUCAACUAAGGUUGCAAAGAGACUAUUUAUUGUUUGUAAGCCACAACCCCCUCCAGUAAGCACACUCCAAGAUGUCUUCUGCAGAUUCGGUGAUCUUAUUAAUGUUGCCACAUUUCCCAACAAGACAUUUGGGUUUGUAAAGUAUGCAUCCGACAUCUCUGCUUCAGAAGCAAUGAAUCAUCUAAAUGGAGCAACAAUAUAUGGAAUAAGACUUAAAGUGAUGGAAGCUGAUGAGAAACCACAAAAUAAUGUGAAUGAGAAAAUUGGUGAGGAUGACUCUUCUAAUCAAGUAAAUGACAUUAAAAGAGUAAAACUAGACUGAGAAGACACUGACUAUAUUUAUUUUACUAUGUUAUUUAAGUUAGUUGUUUGUUAGGUACUCAGUUAUGGGCCUUAGUAAAGUGGUCAUCUAAAAAUCAAGCAAAUAAGAAAAAUAUUGGCAAAAUGAAUUUUUAUUAAUAAUAAUGUAUAUAUGAUCUAUUAUUCUUGCAUAUGAAGUUUGCAUUGAUUCUGUCAUUAUUUAAGAUGGUUUCUUUGUUUCCAAGAAAGUUAUCUAAUCAUUUGACUUGACACUGUUUAAAUGACUGGUUUUUUUUAUCAGUAAUACAUGAUUUUUUUAAAUUUAUUAGUCAACAUGGAUUUAUCAUUGUUUUAUUUUAAUAAAGUAACAUCUUGAAAAAUUAUAA